CACAGCGAAAAGCAGGCUUAAGAUCCCUGCAGGUCUUCUGAGCCUUUCUUCCUGUAAGGACACAUCCUGGAUCCCCAGAAAUGACUUUGUGCAGGCUGCUAACCCUGAGCUGCUUCGGUGUAUGUCUGUUCCUGCCUGCAGCUACAAAGACUGGAGAGAAGGGCGUCUGUGACUGCAAUGGGAAGUCCAGGCAAUGCAUCUUUGACCAGGACCUGCUCAGAGAAACAGGAAAUGGCUUCCGCUGCCUCAACUGCAUGGACAAUACUGAUGGGGUUCGCUGCGAAGGGUGCAAGGAGGGGUUCUACCACCAGCAAAAUGGAGAACAUUGCUUGCCAUGCAGCUGCAACCCGAGAGGCUCCCUCAGCCCACAGUGUGAUAACCACGGCCAAUGCAGCUGCAAACCGGGCAUGACAGGAGAAAAAUGUGACCGAUGCGAGCUAGAAUUCACCUCUCUCUCAGGGGCUGGGAGCAGGGGAGAUGGACAGCUGCCGAGCUCUCAGUGUGUCUGUGAUCCAGCUGGCAGCACAGGGCACUGCAUUUCAGGACGCUGCUUCUGCAAGACAGGCACCACAGGCGAGCAAUGUGACAGGUGCAAGCUGGGCUACUAUAACCUGGAUGCAGGAAACCCCGAGGGAUGUUCCCAGUGCUUCUGUUAUGGGCAUUCAACCACGUGUAGCAGCGCAGAAAAUUACAGUGUCCACAAAAUCACCUCCAACUUCCAGCAGGAUGCUGAGGGCUGGAGAGGAGUCUAUAUUGAUGGGUCCCCUGUAGAGCUCCAGUGGUCUCCACGUCAUCAGGAUGUGUUUAUCACAGCAAAGUGGCCAGAACCAAUCUAUUUUUUGGCACCAGCCAAGUUUCUUGGAAACCAGCAGCUGAGCUAUGGUCAGACCCUGUCAUUUGAUUACCGUGUGAACCAAGGGGGACGUCAUCCUUCUCCACGUGAUGUGGUCCUGGAGGGAGCUGGCCUGAGAGUCACUGCCCCCCUCUUGCCUCAUGGAAAGUUACUGCCCUGUGGCAUCAGCAAGACAUAUACAUUCAGACUGGACGAGCACUCAAGCAGCAGAUGGAGUCCCAAGCUGAGCUACUUUGAGUAUCGCAGGCUCCUGGGGAACCUGACAGCACUGCGGAUCCGAGCCACAUUUGGAGUAUAUGGCACAGGAUACAUGGAUAACGUGACCUGGGUGUCAGCACAGCCCACUUCUGGAGCCCCAGUGACCUGGGUAGAACAAUGCAAGUGUCCUACUGGGUACCAAGGGCAGUUCUGCGAAAGAUGUGCUCCUCGAUACAAGAGGGAAUCCCCCAGUCUUGGGCCUUUCAGUGCAUGUGUGCCUUGUAGCUGUCAAGGAGCAUUAAAUUGUGACCCAGACACUGGAGAAUGUCAUUCAGGAGAUGCAUACACUGACCCCCGUACCAGCUGCCAGCUUGGUUACUACAGAGAUCCCCGAAAUCCACAGAGCUGCCAGCGGUGCCCAUGCAGCAAAGGACAGGGCUGCUCGAUGGUGCCAGACACGAAGGAAGUCACCUGCCAUAACUGCCCUGCAGGAGUCACCGGUUCUGCAUGUGAACUCUGUGAAGAUGGCUAUUUUGGAGACCUCUUGGGUAGAAAUGGCCCUGCAAAGCCUUGCCAGCCCUGCCAGUGUAACGGGAACAUCGAUCCCAAUGCUGUGGGGAACUGUAACAGACUAACGGGUGAAUGCCUGAAGUGCCUCUACAACACAGCUGGCUUCCACUGUGAUCGCUGCAAAGAUGGGUUCUUUGGGAACCCCUUAGCCUCCAACCCAGAAGACAAGUGUCGAGCCUGCAACUGCAACUCGAUAGGUUCUGAGCCCCAAACAUGUCGCAGUGACGGGAGCUGCAUUUGUAACCCAGGAUUUGAGGGGCCCAAUUGUGAGCACACACAUUGCCCAGACUGUUACAACCAGGUGAAAGCUCAGGUGGAUCAGUACCUCCAGCAGCUGCAGGCUUUGGAGGUGCUUUUCUCUCAUGGACAUUUUGGCCAGGGGGCAGCGAACAAUGGGGAGCUAGAGGGGAAAAUGCAGCUGAUUGAGGAGACUCUUCGUGCCAUCCUGAGGGAAGCCCUGAGCUUGCAAGCCUCUGACAAGUCCUUGGAGGGCCAAGUGUCCAAAAUGAAGGGACAGGAGGCUGGUUACCAGAGGCGCCUGGAUGACAUCAAGGUGACCUUGGAGAGAAUGAAAGUUCUGGGGAGCCAGUACCAGAGGCAGGUGCGGGAUAUCCAGAGGCUGCUUGAGAGAGCCCAGGUGACCCUAGAGCAAACCAAAGUGACCCUGAGUGGAGUGUAUAUUUCAUCUUCCAAUCUCCCUGGAGGCUCAAGUAGAUUUUUGAUCCUGGCCCAGGAGGCUCUAAGAUUAGCAAACAGCCACAUGCAAGCAGCAAAUGCCAUUGAGCAGGCAGCCAAAGCAGCAAAGGAUGACUCUGACCAGGCCCUGGAGCUGGUGCGCUCAGCUGUGAGUGGAGGAGGCAUCCUGGCAAACUCCAUGCAAGGGCUGCUCAGGAAAUACAAUGAAACAAAAUCUCUUGCCAGUGAGCUGGAGGCUGCUGCCAGCAGAUCAACAGCAGAUGCAGAUGGUGCUUAUCAGGGCAGCCUGCUGCUUCUCAGCUCUUUGUCUCGCUUAGCAAAGAUUGACACUGGGUCUUUCCAGGGGGAGGCAACCCGGCUGAGACAGGAGGCAAAUGUUCUGAUGGGCUUGGUGGACACUUACAUGGCAGAAUACAGGCAGCUGCAAAGCAACACCAGGAGCUGGGAGGAAGACAUCAAACAACUGUUACAGAGAGGGGAAGGCGAGAGAGUGGCUUUGAUUCAGCUGCUGUCCCGUGCCAACCUCGCCAAGAGCAGAGCUCAGCAAGCACUGAGUGCUGGCAAUGCCACUUUCUCUGAAGUUGAUCGUGUCCUGAAGAAUCUCAGGGAGUCUAACCUGCAGGUGGAUGACAAGAGGAGAGAAGCUGAAGAUGCCAUGAGCAGGCUUCCACUCAUCAGCAGCCUGGUCACGGGUGCCAAUGAGCAGGCUGGCCGAGCAGAACGAGCCAUGGGCAAUGCUGCUACACAUGCAAAAUCAGCUAGAACCAUGGUGGGGGAGGCCAAGGAGAUCACCAGUGGGAUCCAGCAGGAGAUAAAGCAUGUGAGGCUGGAGGCCAACAGGACAGCAGAUAGUGUCCUGGCACUGGAGAAGGAAAUAGCUGCUCUGCUGCGCACAGUGAGUGAAAGAGAAGGGGAGUUCCUGAGGAAGGAGCAGGAGAUUGCUACUGAUGCCAUCACAGUCCAGGAGAUUGUCCAAGAGGCUCAGGGUUCCCAUGCCAGAGCCCAAGGGGCUGGAACUGCCAUCCAAGAGACACUGACUUCCCUGGAAGACCUCCUGUACCUGAUAAACCAGCCUGGCACUGUGGAUGAGGAGGCUCUGAACACACUUGAACUGAACCUCAGCAAAGCCAAGACAAAGAGCAGCCAGUUGAAGCAGCAGCUGUCAGAGCUUGAGAAGACUUCCAGCAUGCAGAAACUCCGGAUCCAGAUGCUGGAGAGGAGUAUUAGUGAGAUCUUGGCCGAUAUCGAGAAUCUGGAGGAGAUCCGCAAAAAUCUGCCCCCAGGCUGCUACAACACAAAACCCAUUGAACGACCUUGAGCACAAGGUGGAGAUGAGACUCCGUGUGUGUGUGUGUGUGUGUGUGUGUGUACCAAGGUGGCCCAGGAGGCCUGGGUAGGAGGGGAAACCAAGCCUGGCAAUCCCAGCUGCAUUUGACUCUGCUGAAUUGAACCGAGGUGCCUUGAGUCAGGUUUGUCAGACUUG